CCUUCAUCCGAUUCUCGGAACGCCAUCUGGUUGCCGGGGACCACCAAUUCUGCCACAAAUUUCUCUUCUAGGCACUGCAAUUUUUGAUGCAAUUGAAGAGCAGCCAUGGCAACCCGAACUCUGAGAAUUGGUCUCAUUCCUGGCGAUGGAAUCGGCAGGGAAGUCAUUCCCGCCGGUCGCCGCAUCCUCGAGGCCCUGCCGGCAUCGCUGGGCCUGAAGUUCGAGUUUGUCGACCUCAAGGCCGGCUUCAAGACAUUUGAGCAGACCGGUGCCGCCCUCCCCGACAAGACCGUUGAGGUGCUCAAGACCGAAUGCGAUGGAGCCCUGUUCGGCGCCGUCAGCUCCCCCACCACCGCCGUCAAGGGUUACAGCUCGCCGAUCGUUGCGCUGCGGAAGAAGCUGGAUCUGUACGCCAAUGUCAGGCCCGUGAAGACCGUCCUGACCUCCCCCAAGCCGAUCGACAUGGUUAUCGUCCGCGAGAACACCGAGGACCUGUACGUUAAGGAGGAGAAGACGUACGACUCCCCGGACGGCAAGGGCAAGAUCGCCGAGGCCAUCAAGCGCAUUUCCGAACGAGCAAGUAGCCGUAUUGCGACCAUGGCUGGUGAGAUUGCGCUGCGGAGGCAGAAGAUCCGCGAAGCUGGCUCACCGAGCAUCCACAAUGGCCCUCUUGUGACCAUCACCCACAAGUCGAACGUCCUGUCGCAAACAGAUGGCCUCUUCCGCUCGGCCGCGAAGGCUGCCCUGGCUGAUCCCAGGUUCAAGACCGUCUCAGUGGAGGAGCAGAUCGUCGACUCGAUGGUCUACAAGUUGUUCCGGCAGCCCGAGGCCUACGAUGUCAUCGUCGCCCCGAACCUGUACGGCGACAUCCUCUCCGACGGCGCCGCCGCCCUGGUCGGAUCCCUCGGCCUUGUCCCGAGCGCCAACGUCGGCGAGGGCUUCGCCAUCGGUGAGCCCUGCCACGGGAGCGCUCCCGACAUCAUGGGCCAGGGCAUCGCCAACCCCAUCGCAACCCUGCGCAGCACCGCGCUGAUGCUGGAGUUCCUGAACGAAGAGGAGGCUGCCGCCAAGAUUUACGCUGCUGUGGAUGCCAACCUCGAGGAGGGCAGGCUUCUCAGCCCGGACUUGGGCGGCAAGGCGCUGACGGAGGAGGUCGUGGCGGAUAUUCUCAGGCGGUUGUAAUUGGCAAUCCCGAACGAGGUUGGGCUGCUUCCAACUGGGUGGGCUUCCGGUGGCUUGACGUAAGCGGUCCCUGGGACGACUGCCUGGCCACGGCCUUUUGACCACCUUGAUAAUACCCAGACAAAGGUGGUAGAAGUAGGGGAUAGAUAAAAGCCGAACCAAGUGUCUCUAGGUCAUUCAAGCUGAGGCCUUCAGUCUAUAAAUCAAUAUACUUCUGGGAUUCCCCCAGUACGCAACACAUAAAUCAACCCCCCGUCUCAUGAUUAUCAUUCUGUCCCAACCCUGCCACCUCCUGUUCCUAGGC